AUGAUGGGGGUGAUCCAGACGCGCACGGCGACGGAAACGCGACUCCGAAAUGCGGCGGCGACGCAGCAGCGAGAGCAAGAGCGACUGCGGAAGCAGCUCCUGACGCGACUUGCGCCAAAAGGCUCGCGGCGCUAUUUGCGCUCCAUCGCGGCGACGGAGGAGGCGGCGACGAGGGCAGAGGAGGUGGAAAGGUCGUCGCGCCUGCUCGACGAGGCGAAGACGGAGCACCAGAGCCUGGAGAAGCUGCGCACGGACCUAAUGCGGCAACAGUUCGAGGCGCAGUCCCUCGAGACGCAGAUGGAUGCGAUGGGCCAGAAACUAUUCCCCCGCGGCAUGUCCUACGCUGCCCUGGAUCGGCUUGUGCAGGAGGUCGAUGUGCUAAUGCUUGUGCGUAAGCUGGUGCCACUCGAGACCCAGCGCGAGAAACGCGCGCGCGCGGCUCUGUUCGAGUCGGAGACCCGGCUGAAGCGCGUCCAAAAAAUCCUGCGCGAUGUCCUACAUCUGUCUAUUCGGCUGGGCAUCGCGAACGACAGCCGCGACCGCGUGCUACCUGCGAGUGUGUCCAAGAUGACAAAAAUGUCGACGCCCCUCCUGCUGCGGGCCAAGAGUGAGCUGGGCGACUUCUACACAUGGAUCGCCAAGGCGCGCAUGCGCCAGGUGUUUAUCCAUGGCGCCCCAGCGAUUGACCUGAUUGACCUGACGCGCCUGCCCGGCAAGAGCGACAAUUCGUUGGACCAAACUGGCCUGCAGAAAGCGGUCGAGCGAAAUUUCUCCGAGACGCAGCGUGGCCUCUCCUAUCUUCAGAAUGAGAUCUUGGUCUCCAAGGCGCGCGAAAAGGCCCUGUUCACCUACUGCGACGAGCUGGGCGAGCGCACUCGCGCGGCUCAGGCACGCGUGCGCGCGGCGUGGGCGUGCGUGCUGGAGGCGGAGCCCAGCACGAUUGCCACUAAGCUCGUGGAGAUCGAGGCGCAGCUCGAGCUCGCUCCCGGCGACGUGGGCCGUGUGCCAACGGGCGUUGCGGCAAAAGUAGCGGCGGAGGCGGAGGCGGAGCGCGAGGCCGCCGAAAAGGAGGCGAAUGCGCCAGAUUCUGAGGCAGGUACGACCGUGACGAGCUUCUCGCUGACGUCAACGAUGGUGUCGGUGCCAGGGGCGGCGCCCGAGUCGUACCGGGUCGCACUGGCGCGCCUGCACCACGUGCUGGCGCAGGGCGAUGUGGAUGCUCGCACGGACCACGAGGACGAGGACCUGCCGUGGCACAUGCACGCGCUAGGAUUUUAG